UUUCUUUCCUUAAGCUGCCUUCGAACAUGAAGUUAUUAGGAGAAUGUUCUUUUCGUUUUUCUGGCUUUCGGCGCGGUAGUGCCUGCAGAUUCUGGGUCUUGAUUUUUCUUUCAAUUCGUGUUGUUAAGUGGUUCGAGAAUUUUCUGCAUUCUUGGAUCGUUAUAGUCGGAGUAUUUGUGAGAGCCAUAUUAAUUCAUGUUAGUACAGUUUGUGGUUUUGCAUUGAAUUCGAACUGAGAUUAUAAGCGGAGUGAGGCUCUACCACCGGGGGGGUAUAUUCCUGAUUGCGUUGAGAACCGAGAGGAAUAUGGUCUGUGUGGAUAAUCAUUCCGUUCUAUUUCAUAAUUUUACAAGCACCGUGAAAACACAGCAUGGAAAAGAGAAUAAAAGAUAGACUUCAUUGACAGAGAUGUCAAUAUUUAAUUUCCGGUGACACAGAAAAAGGAGGAACAGCCUGAAAAAGUAGGAGGUGGUCCACCCUUAACCCUUCGAACUUUGAUACAUGUAUUUUGAGUAUGUGGUCCAACCAUCGAUCAUGGCAAAGUUAGCCCCUUUAAACUAUACUGUCAAUUUUAUUACUAACCGGGUUACUUGACUCUGUUUCUCUACCCGCAUAUAUUUCUUCCCUGACUCAUAAAUGACUAUCUUGGCUUGUUAGUGCAGCCGAUUAAUUACGUAUUGAGAAUAGAUGUUAAUUGAUAGUUGUUGUUGAUAGGUUAUUUUUUGAAUACGUUGAAUUUGAAAAUUAUGUUUGACAGUGAAAUAUCACCUGUGCCUUGAGAGUGAGGUUUCAUUCAUCAGUGACGCAAAAACGAAUUCUGCAAAAAUUGAAAAGAAAGAAAGGGAAAAGGCCGUGGUGGGUACUGAAUUUAUUGGGUAGAGUCGUGCCUGGGGUCUGGCCUUAAAGCCGUGUUUCCUAGUAAAAAGAGUUGGCUGAAAUAUCCUGGCGUAAUGUUAACCUUUUAUUCUAACAUAAUUUUUGAAUGCAAUCUGAAUCCUGUACGCACUGCAUGAGAUCAGUGAGGUAUUCGUCAUCUGAAUUGACUACAGAUAUUGUCGUAAAUGUUGGCGAAGUCAAGUUUUUCCUGCACAAGUUCCCUCUUCUGUCCAAGAGCAAUCGAUUACAAAAGCUGGUAUCGAAAGCUAAUGAAGAUGAUUCUGACGAAAUUUUCUUGAAUGAAUUCCCUGGAGGGGCCAAGGCAUUUGAAUUAUGUGCAAAGUUCUGCUAUGGAAUGACAGUUACUCUUAAUGCCUACAACGUUGUGGCUGCUCGCUGUGCAGCUGAGCAUCUUGAAAUGACUGAGGAUGUUGAUAGGGGAAACUUAAUUUUUAAAAUUGAGGUAUUUCUUAACUCAAGCAUCUUUCGGAGCUGGAAAGAUUCCAUAAUUGUUCUACAAACUACAAAAUCUCUUCUCCCUUGGUCUGAGGAUCUGAAGAUCAUUGGCAGAUGUAUAGAUUCUAUAGCUUCUAAAACUUCGGUGGACCCAACUAACAUCAGAUGGUCCUACACACACAACCGAAAACUAACUGAGCCUGAUAGAAUUACUGAACACAGGAUGACAUAUAAAGAGAAAGUUGAGUCUGUUCCUAAGGAUUGGUGGGUUGAAGAUAUUUGUGAGCUGGACAUUGAUCUUUACAAACGAGUAAUGAUUAAUGUGAAGUCAAAGGGAAGAAUGGAUGGUCCUUUAAUUGGGGAGGCACUGAAAACAUAUGCGAUCAGGUGGUUGCCUGAUUCUAUUGAGGCAUUGGUUUCUGAAGCUCAUGCACAAAGAAACAAAUUUCUGGUGGAAACAAUUGUCUGUCUAUUACCAUCUGACGGUGCUGCGGGUUGUUCUUGUAGUUUCCUUUUGAAGCUAUUGAAAGUGGCCAUACUAGUAGGUGCAGAUGAGUCGUCAAAAGAAGAAUUAGUGAAAAGCACCUGCCUUAAAUUGCAUGAGGCUUCUGUCAAAGAUCUACUGAUCCCUGCAAGGCCUCCUCAGACUACCAUAUAUGAUGUUCAGUUGGUACAAUGUCUUUUGAAUCGAUGCAUGAAUGAAAAGGGCAGCAGCUGCAAUGUGGAAGUUGCAGGGAAGAAAGAUAAAGGAAAUGACAAAGCAAUAUUUGCACAUAUGUUCUUUGUGAAGAUCGGUCAGUUGGUGGACAAUUUUCUUGUCGAAAUUGCACAUGAUCCGAAUCUCAGCCUUUCUAGGUUUGUUGACUUGUCGCAAACAGUACCGGUAUUUGCCAGACCAAAUCAUGAUGGUCUGUACAGAGCUAUUGACAUAUACUUGAAGGAGCACCCAAAUGUGACAAAAGCUGAAAGGAAGAAGCUAUGUGGACUGAUGGACGUGAAGAAAUUGUCAGUGGAUGCAUCUAUGCAUGCCGCACAGAAUGAGCAGCUUCCACUUCGGGUUGUAGUGCAGGUUCUCUUUUUUGAGCAGCUCAGAACUUCUGCCAGCGCUCGCGCUCUUGGUGAUAAGAAUUCAUGUAAGCCUUUGACGUACGCAGUGAGCACAGAUGAAGAAUGUGAGACAAUAGUCGGUGAGAAGCACCAAUCGCUUGAGAACCAGAUGUGUAAUUUGAAGAUGAAGGAAGAAGAAUUCCCCAAGAAUGGGAGACUGAGCAAGACAAAUAGCAAAAGCAGCAGACGUGGAAUGCAAUUACUUCCUUCACGUUCAAGGAGAAUCUUUGACAAGUUAUGGAUUGGUGGCAAAGGACAAGGAGAGUACAGGGGAUCAGAGACAUCAGGAAGUUCAAAUAGUCCGACAUCUAUUGUCCCGGGAUACACCAAGUCAUCAGGUUCAUCAUCUAGGCACAGGAGGUACUCUAUUUCUUGAGGAGAUUAUCUUCAGUGAAGCGUAGAGUGCUGGUGUUUGUGGUUACUGUUAUUAUCUCCUGUGCAUGUAAACAGGAAAAAAGUGGCACGAAUACUACAGAAAAUUUAGUGAUUUUUUGGUCUGUCUAAUUUGGACAUCAUUUCGUCGUUUUGUUGUAUAGAAUCAUGAUCCUUUAUUAUUUUUAAUGACCCAUGUCAGGGAAAAUGGUAAUGAUCCUUCAUUGAACUUCUGAAGGAUUUAAUAACA